AUGGCACAGUACUGGGAUGCACAGGCCGAGGAAGAGAUCAAGCAGGAGAUGAACACACUGCAGCAGAAGUUGAAUGAGCAGCAGAGUGUGCUUCAGCGGAUUGCUGCCCCCAACAUGAAAGCCAUGGAAAAGCUGGAAAGUGUCCGAGACAAGUUCCAAGAGACCUCAGAUGGUAAAAUUUGCAUUUUUUCUAGGGCCAUCGUCAUCUCUCUCAAAGAGGAAUUCUACACCAAGGCUGAAAGCCUCAUUGGAGUCUAUCCUGAGCAAGGGGACUGUGUGAUCAGCAAAGUCCUGACCUUCGACCUCACCAAGUACCCAGAUGCCAACCCCAACCCCAAUGAGCAGUAACAGUAAUUCUGCCCUUCCGCCCUGUCUGGAUCCCUAAGCUGCCUCUCUCCCAUUCUCUGGCUAUUUGGCUCCCAACCUUCUGCUCCCUCCUGGCCCUGUUUGGUAUAGUCAUGGGAUUUAGGCACGGCUAUCAAGUACGAAGAGGAACAGAGGUGAUGUUAGGUCUGAAGCAAAAAUUCAUGAGCUGCAGGGAACAUCCUAGCCUCUGGAAGGAGGUGCUGAGCUGAGCUAACCUGAGCUAAACAGGGCCAUCUGUCCAUUUUCCCCUCCCAGACCUCUCCUUCACACACAUAGUCAUGGGUCCUUUGGGCCUUUUGCCCUGUGUGUGUGUGUGUGUGUGUGUGUGUGUGUGUGUGUGUGUCCAUGUGCAUGUGAGUGUGUUUGCAAAUUAAUAAAAGAUAUUGGAGACUUGUUUGAAGAGGAGCCUAGGCUGAAUAUGAUUCCAAGAGAGCUUAGGAUGACGGCACCCCAGAACCGGGCAAAGGUACUCAGGACUUCAUAGGAGUCUUAGGCAGUUACCAGAAAUUGUCCUCAUUCACUCAUUCAUGUACUCAUUCAUUUGUGUAUUCAUCAAACACAUACUGAAUGCUCUUUAUUUGUCAAGCUCUAUACCUAAAAUACUGAGAUGAUCUCUAUCCUCCUGGUGAGGAGAUGCAGUAGAUUUAUAAGUUACUGUGGUUAGCCAGAUGUCAUAAAUAAUUUGAGAGGAGGAGGAUCACCUCCAGGUUUCCUGGAGAGAAAGUCUUGUUUGAUCUGGAUUCUUGACAAAUUGGAGGAUUUGAUCAGGCACUAGGAGCAGAGCAUGGGCUCUGGGGACAGAAAGUUGAGUUCUGGUCCCGAUUUUUAUCACUUAAUACUUGUUUAACACUGGGAAAGUUAUUUGACCUUUCUGUGCCUACACCCUCAUCUGUAAAAUGCGGCUAAAAAUAUUACCUACCUCAUAGGAUUUAAUGAUGUCAUCUCUCACUAGAGGCCUUAUCUAUGUGUGGAAGACCACUAGUGCCGAUCCCUCAAAAUACAGCCUUUUCAUGCCUGGAACAUGAGGGCUUCUGACCCCAGCUGUUAGGAACGGAAGGAACCUCCAAAUCUGGAAGGUGCUGAAUGCCCUGGAUACUGGAAAAGUUCCAGGGUGAUAAUAGGAUUUACCUGGUAAGUGGAGGGCCUGAGGAAUCUAUAGCUCAACCAUGUAUAACUGGGUGCCUGAGCCCCAACCUAGGUUGUAAGGAACUAGGGGGAGAGGUAACCUGGGCCAUAUCUCAGCCUAAUGUGUGAGUUUCCUGUUGGAACUAACUUCAUUAGCUGUAAGGACUGUGCAGAGGCAACAAAGCCUGGUGCAGUGAGUUCAGCCUUUACUCAUUUCAUAUACAUCAUCCCAUUUACCGUAAUCUAUAUAUUGCUUUUUUGUUUUUUAAAAGUUAAAUCAGGGCUGGGAAUGUUCCUCAGUGGUAGAGCACAUGUUUAGUGUGUAUGAAGCCCUGGAUUUGAUCCCUAGCAUUUCCUAGAAGAGCUAAUUACACAAGUAAUGCAUGAAUCCAUUCUCUUUAAGAAAUUAGAUUAUUGCAGAUAAGGGUAGCCUCAUUUGACCACUCCUCCUGCUCCUUCCCCUUUUCAUACUGCUGUUAUGCUUGCAUUUCUAUCUACACUUAGUUUUAAUAUUUUUAUACACAUAUGAAUUCCCUGAAAUUAUUGUCUAAUGCAAAUGGUACUUUAAAUUCUUCUCCAAUUUGCUUUCUUUGCUUAACAACACUUUUGAGAUUUGUGCAUGUUGCUAAGUGUAGAUCAGCCCAUCCUCUAAUUGCUAUAUAAGUUGCCAUCAUGUGAUUCUACCACAUUUACUUAUUGUGAUGGACAUUAACUAUUUUCAGUUUUUGCUAUUAUAAAAUACUACAUAGGAGCAUACCUGUACCUGUAUGAAAGUUUGUGUGUGUUUGAAAGUUUACCUAGGGUUAAUUCCUAGAGAUGAAAUUGCAGUCAUAGGAUAUUUAUCUAUUUGUUUCUGAUCAACAUUUCCAAAUUACCCUCCUAUACUAUUUACUCAAUAUUUUUCCUGAGGUGAUCCAAGGUCUAACAUUACCUAUCUAUGUCAGCUUCAUCCUAAGUAGUGAUAGCUGUGAAAUCAUGGGUUUGAUGUGCUUAUGUACUUUUCUAAUACAUAUUAAAAGGCAUAAUUAAGCAAAAUAAAAUUGUCUGUGUUCAACCAAAGGAGUCACAUACCACCAGUGGUACAUAUGCCAUAAUUUGGCAAAUGCUGGCACAGUUUGGGGAUCAGACCUGGUUCAAUCCUAGCUGUGAAAACAGGCAUGUUACUUCACCUCUGAGCCUCAUUUUUCUCUUAUUUUGCAACAGCAAAGGGAAAGCAACAUUAAAUAUAUUUGGAGCAGUUUGGCUGGUGUAUCUAGAUCACAACUUUUUAAAGGUAGAGAUUGCUAUUUUCCCCACUUUAAAGAUAAGAAAACUGGACUGGACUGCUAAAGUGGCUCAAGUGGUAAGAACGCUGCCUGGCAAGCGUGAGGCCUUGAGUUCAAAUCCCAGUGCCACCCCCCCCCAAAAAAAAAGGUAAGAAGACUGAGGCCCCGAAAGGUUUAAGUGACCCAUCUACCAGAUAAACAGUGUGAGCUUGAACCCAAGUCUUCCAAUUCAUUCUAGUGCUUUUUCCACUGUAAAGGUGUUAUCAACCUUGGCUGUACAGCAGAAUGAUUUGUAAAGCUUUUUUUCAUUUUUAAAAAAACUGUAUACACAGGUGAAAAAAUAGUACAGAAGGGCUUAUAAGGAAAAGCAGCAGUUCCCUGCUGUACCCCCAUAUCCAAAGGAUGUCGAGCUCUUUAAAUGUUAAUAACUUUGGUCCCACCUUUGGAAAUUGAUCCAAUAGGUGUGGAUAAUAACCCGGAUAACUAACCCUCUACCUCACAGGAUAGAAAGGAUUACAUGAAAUGCCUUGGGCUGAGACCAUGGCACACAGGGGGAAAAAUGUACUACAAAGGAGCUUCAAGGACUUAAGUCCUUAGGAUCAGGACAGUGAGAUGACUUACUGAAAUUCCAGUGGUUUAGUGGCAGAGCCUAGACCUUCACUUGGAUCUCCUUUGUGCUUGCUCACUGCUCUCUCUUCAUGUCUCUUCUGUCAUCCCAAGGCAUCACAUGUCAGUGAAGGGUGUGCUUCAAGGAAGGCAGACAUUAAUAGUGUGUUACUAAGAGCAUGCUGGCUCUGAGUAGAAGCUCUAUGACUAAGAAGAACUUGAUUGACUCCCUUACACUCUGAAUCCAGUACUCCACAAUAGUAUAUUCCUUCAUUUGGGCACUUCACUCUGGAAAUCAUAGUGUUGGGACACAUUAGGAACACAAAGAUAGUCAAAUCUUUAUCCUACUUUUGAGGAACUCAUUGCCUAGUUGAGGCAUUUCAUAAGAACAGCUAUUAACCAUAUGGUGUCUGCUAGUAACAGGAGGAGCAUGUAGGGGUUGAUACCUGAACUGAGACUUGAGGAGCUGGUAGGAAUUUGCUGCAUGAACAAGAAGGAAAUCCCAGAUAGUAGAAAGUAUGCACAAAAACCUGAAGGCAAGAAAGAAAGCAAAGUAUAAGGACUCCUGGGGUAAACAAAGAGCAACAAGAAAAAGCUAGAGGUACUUAGGACCAGAUUGGAAGAGGGUUGUAAGUUCUGGAUGGAGUUUGGAUUUGUUUUAUGGGAUAGUGUUUCCCAUACUGGCUGUAUACCAGAAACAGAUGGCCAUUCUAGGCUCUGGCCUCGUAAACAGUUGCAGCAAAUGGGGUGGGGCCUUAAUCUCGUGUUUAUAAAGGUCAUAUGAGUAGUGUGCAGCAAGUUUGGGAACCAUACUUAAGACUGGGAGAGCGGUGAAACCAGUUUUUAAGUAGAGGAGGCUCCAGAUGAGAUGUGAUCUUAACCCAUUUUUGGCCAGGCAGGGUGUGAAUUGAUUAGUUAGCUGUUCAUGCUGUGUGCACAUGUGCCUGCAGUUUCUCUUGUUAUUCACCUCUCACAUUAUACUUGCUUAUUUUGUCUCUGAAUAAGCUGUAAGCAUGACAAGGAUGAUCCUGGGAUAUCUGCUUACUGGUAUAGCCCCUGCAAAAAGCACAGUGCCUGACACAAAAUAGGCACCCAAUAAAAUUUCUGAAUGAAUGGAUGCAUGAGUGAAUUUGAGAGGAAGAGAAUGAAGAUGGAAAUUAGGAAACUUGAGAAUACCAGGAUGCCUGCUCUAGACGAGUGCAGUAGGAAUGGAUUCAGGGUGAUAACGUGUGAGCCAUUAAGAUGAUGAACUGGACUUGGUGACUGGUUAUUGAAUGUAGAGGUUGACAGGAUAGAAUGAAUACCCAUGAAUAGCCUAAUAUUCCUACCCUAUCUCAGUUGUCUCUUUACUCAUCUAUCUGUAAAUCAGAAUCUCCUUCUAGCACCUGAAACCCUUUCCUCAAAUUAAACAUUUUGUUUGCUGUAUGGUGUUGUUCCCCCCACCUACACCAUUGAUUCAUCCAUCCAGUUCAAUAAAUCUUGACUAAGCACCUCUGUGUGCAGUGAGGCUUUUCCAAGCCAGGACUCUGACUCCCUUUCCUACCUCAAGAGGUUUUUUUGAGGGCUUUCCCAGGUAAGAUUCAUACCCCUUAUUAAAUACAUAGUGAAAUGCCCAGAAUGUCAGACCUAUAAGGAAGUUAGAGACUGCCCAACCCCCACCUAAGACACGGAGGGAAUUAUUUCCCAAGGUGCCAUUGCUAGGCAGUGUUGAAGCCAGCAGAACUGGAACCCAAGUUUUCUUUUCAUGCCACCUCUAUCGCCUUGAUCUUUCCCAUUACAAGAUCAGGAUAAGCAGAGGUGGUCAGGGAGAAGGUGGGGACUUAGGUUGAGCCUUGAAGGUUGAUGUACAGGAUAGGCUAUACAAAAUGCUGCCAAUUACACUGCCACCUUCUGUAAACCCUCAGCAAACCUGCCAUGCCUGCAGUUCCCUUCUAGGGGGUUUCUUUAGCAUUAGUCUCCAUGCUCUGUACCAUUGUGACCUUCAUAGUCCUGACCACAGGUGGCUAGAUUGGGAUAGUGUCUGACUCAAGGCAGGACAAUCUAUAGACUUGGCCAGCAGCCUAUUUAGGUGGACUGGUGUAAGGAUACCACCUUAUAGGGAUGGUGGUAUCUAAUGGGAAAUGCAUGAAACAUCUUUUCAGGAAGGCUGAAUGUGAUAUUCAGAAGAAGUGAACAAUCAAUUAGAAUAUAAUGGAGCAGAAGUGGUGGGUGGGAGGUGGCCAGAAACCAAACAACAAAAAACAAAGCUGUUGAAAUUGUAAGUCAGUGUAAGUCAUGAGGUACUUGUAUCAUGAGAUUGGGGCCACAAGGUAGCAGAAAGCCAUGAAGCAAUAGGACCCAUUGAUGAACAAAAACCAUGAGACAAAACUGACAAUAUGAGAUCCAUGAGGCAGCAGAAAUGAGACAAGAGCCACAAGGGCUCUUGUAGCUGGAACUACAUGGCAGCAAGGGCAACAGGAAUUGAAGAGGCAGCAAGGCACGCAGAAGAACUACAAAGAAGCCUGGAUUAAUAUGAACUGAAGCCCCACGAGCCAUCUGAAGCUUGCAGGAA